AGUAUACCAAAAUUCAAAGCCAGAAGAAGUGGUAUUUAAAGCAACACUACCAUUACUGGACGAUUUUAAAUCAUAUACAAUUGGGACUCUCUAGCAUGCUGCUCUUAAUCAACGUCAUUCUAAUCUUGUGGGUAUCCAUUGUUCGGGGACAAGUGGGAUUUUGUGAUUUUCCAAAAAUAAAACAUGGUAUUCUAUAUGAGGAAAACAAAUAUAAGCCAUUUUUCCCACUUUCUACGGGACAAGUUUUCUAUUACUCCUGUGAAUAUAGUUUUGUGUCUCCUGCAAAAUCCUUCUGGACUCGUAUAACAUGCACAGAAGAAGGAUGGUCACCAACACCCAAGUGUCUCAAUCCAUGUAUAAUAUCAGAAGAAAUUAUGGAAAAACAUAACAUAAUAUUAAGGUGGCGAGGCCCCAUAAGAGGAAAGCUUUACUGCAAAUCAGGUGAAGAGGUUGAAUUUAUGUGUAAAUUCGGAUAUCGUAGCGCAACAUCUCACCCAUUUAGAGCAAUGUGUCAGGAUGGGGAACUGGCAUAUCCCAGUUGUAUGAAGGCCCUGAAUAACAUUUAUUACCGUUAAUAAAAUGCACACCUUUAUAAGUUCUCAAUUUUUUAA